AUGGUAUGGGUUAAUGAAUUGUUGUGUUUGUGUAAAUUAACUUAGUCUCUUAGCAAUUAUCAUAGGAUGGAAACGACCUUCCUUUCAAGUUUUCAUCCAUCAUAAUGUAUGAAAUUUUUCUAAAUUAGGCGUCCAUAUGUUGUGGUCUACACUUUACAUAUACAAAUAUACACUAUAUGAGCAAUAUUGAGCUUUAUAUUUUAUGAGUCUAAAAGGGAUGAAUGUUAACUCUUGAGUGGUUAUGGAAAGUAUUAAGUAUGUGUAUAUAAUAUAUGUUAGAUAUAUGACUAAUUACUUAACUGAUUAAUUUGGUUUGACUGGUUAGGAGUGUCUGAAACCACACCAAACCACCUAAACCAAACAAGCUAACAACUUUAACCAAACCAAACCAAUUAUCCAAAUAGUACCAUUAAAACGGUUACCACAAUAACCAAACCGUUUGAACACCCCUAGGAUUGGUAUUCAAUAAGCAAUCUCUCGACUUUUGUUCAUUGAAAAUGACUGCCUCUCGGAGGUCUAGCCGUCUAGGUUUCAGGCAUCUACAUGAUUUCAACCUAGCUCUCUUAGGAAAACAGAUUUGGAAUAUCAUUCAAAACCCCUCCUCGCUUGUGGCAAGGGUUCUAAAAGUUAAAUACAACCCAAACAGAGACAUUAUGGAAGCAGAAGAAGGCUAUAAUCCCAGUUACACAUGGAGGAGUAUUCUAGCGGCUAAAGGAGUGGUCGGACAAGGUUUAAGGUGGAGGAUUGGAAACAGCCACAAAAUUGAUAUAUGGCAUGAUAAAUGGGUACCCUCGACUUCGAACUACAAGGUGGAACCCUCUAUAUCUCAAUUUGACCCUACCACUUCAGUAGGAGAGUUGAUGGAUUUGGAAAGUAGAUCCUGGAACUUUCCUCUCCUACAAGCACACUUUAGUCCAGUGGAUAGACAGAGGAUCUUAAGAAUCCCUAUUCCUAGACAACCGGCAGAGGAUCAGAAGAUUUGGGGGGCGGAGAAGUCAGGACUCUAUACCGUAAAAUCAACAUACAAGCUUUGGAGUUGGACAACUAGACAUGAGGAAGAAUUGGGAGAACUUUAUAAUCCCAUCAACUGGGAACAUAUCUGGGAACUAAACAUCCCACCAAAAGUUAAGGUUUUUGCUUGGAAAUGGAUCAAAUCCAUUCUCCCAACAAGAGCCAAAAUUGUUGAUCGAAUUGAUAAGGGUUGUGAAGAAUGUUCUUUCUGUGGAUUAAGAGAAACUCCACAACAAUUUUUUUCAAGAAUGUGGGUGGGUUCGUCGAGUUUGGAGACCUAGUUCUCUCUAUUCUUUGUUCGAGAAGGGGAAGAUCUUACUAGUGAGGAACGGAUGACAGAACUGCAGGCGACAACUUCAGAGGAGCUCCUUAGCAAAUUCCUUGUGGCUCUCUGGUUUAUCUAGGAAGAAAGAAACAAUCAAUUAUGGAAUAAGAAAAAACUUGAAGAAUGUGAAAUAAUGAUAAAGGCAGAGCGAUGGCUGGAGGAAUACCAAGAGUAUCAGUAGCGGACAGAAGGAGGCCAGGAGAAGAAGGAAUAUCGUUGGAUUCCUCCUGAUUCUGUGGAUUUCAAGGUUAACAUUGAUGUUGCAUGUUUCGAGGGGGAGGGUUCUGGUUUUGGGAUGGUGAUAAGAGAUCGAGAAGGUAAGUUCUGCCUGGCUGCAGUGAAGAGGAGUCGAGUCCAAUGAACACCGGAAAUGGCAGAGUGUUUGGCAAUUAGAUGGGGUAUUGAUUUAGCAGUGGAGCAUGGUUUUGGCCAGUGUGAAAUUGAGACAGAUUGUCUGAGUGUUGCCCAGAUAUUGAGAAGAGAGGAGAAGGUGAUGAUUGAAGAAGGAGUUCUCUGCGAAGACUUACGUGACCACCUGAGUAAUAUGGGUCUGAUUCAAGUGGGCUUCUCGGGCCGAAACAAUAACAAGGCUGCUCAUUUAAUGGCCCAUACCGCCUGUGGUUGGGAAGAAACAGAAGUGUGGGUUGCAAGACCACCAAUUUUUCUGGUCUCUCAUCUUUUAGCUGAUUUCUGUAAUAUUUUUACCACUUGAAGAAAUAAUAUAGGUUUUCCUAUUAAAAAAAAACCGAUUGCCUCUCGAAUCAAUCAUCAACAAGCUAUCUAUACUAUAACGAAUUGGCCAACUUUUUGGGCUCAUUUAAAGAUUAGAUUAGAUAAUUUUUCGUGAAUUUUGUAACCCAAACGGUUAGGUUUUAAUUUCUCGUUCGAAUGAUAAGCAGAAAAUGACAAAAAAAAGGUGGUCACAUAUAUGAUCUUUUAGUCUCAUUAUAUUGAACACAUAGUAAGAAACUUUGUCUGAUCCUACAAGCGAGAUACGUUUAUGCUGUUGUACAUCGUCACGUUGGAUCUCUCCGGCAACUCCAUCUCCGACUCUCUCCCUCCGAUAGGAUUUGGUUUAAGGUAAGAUAUAUAUUUGAAUAUAAGUUCGUUCAUUUUUUCGGUUACUUUCUUGUUUUUUCGGCGAAGCCAAAGUUACGUUCAGAUGUGGUGGCGAUCGGAGUCCUGGGGUUCUAGGCUCUCCUCCGGCCUUAAAAGUUCGCCUUGUUUCCGAAUUUAGCUCCGAGGCGAGACAUGCGACGCCAUGUACGCAAAUUUCCUUUUAAUUGAAAUUCCUUCCUCCGGUGAUGUCUCACUUGUUGACUUACGAGGUAAGAUUUAUUUAUUUUCUUAAUUAUUGCUGAUUAAAAGAGUAAUAAUUAAUUGGCUUUGCCUUCGAGUAGUUACAUCUAGGAAGUCUUCACAUUCUAAAGUCGGAUAUUGUAAGGGAAGUUAUUUCUCUCUUCUCGACUCCCUGUGUCAGUUUCGCGUCUUUGCUCCUCGGAGCUUUCAUAGAACUGCCCACCUCGUGGCAAAAAAGCCUCUUUUAUCGGGAGCCCGGUUGCAUAGAGGCUAACGUUCUUUAUUAUUAUAUGUUUUAUAUAUUUGUUCGGCCAAGGCCCUAGGGGCUUAUCUUGGAUUAAAAAAACAACUAAGAUGAGAGUAUGCAGUGGCGUAGCUAGGAAUAUUGACAAGGUGGGUCAAAAUCAAGGAUCGAAAAAUCGUAUCAGAGAUUGUAUUGAAAAAAUCAAUGAUAGGGUAUUAUAUGCUGAAAUCAUUGUUUAAUCGUGGUUCAACUGUUUGAUACGGCUAACUGCCAUCUACCGAUUUCGCUUUUGGUAGGAGGUUUUUCUAGGUACGGUAUUGUUUUUUAAUCCUUGGACAAAACUAAAACGCAAAAUACACUUGUACUUCUUCAACUUUCGGGCUUUGCCAAUAAUAGCUAGUUUUUUUAGUUAUGCGUAAAGCUUAGAAUUGAGACUGUGGGUGGUGGUCGCCGACGGAGGCGUGUGAUCGGGGAACUUUUCUGGAGUCUAGAUUGGGAACGGUGAUUUAGAAGAGAAGUAAAAGGCUGAUUGAGUUACUUUAUUUAUAAAGUUGUGGCUAUUUAGGUGUAUUUUGCCCAAAAAAAAACAUGCUUAAUUUUUUACAAUGAUCUACAUUACUCGACGUAUUUGCAUAAUCCGAAAAUAUCUAAAACAUAUUCGUCAUCCAAACAAUCAAAGAUGUCACUUCUUUUAAAUAAAUAUUCUUAAUGUAUAACUAAACUUAACAGCUAGUUUAUAUUGUAAUUGUUGAAUUGUACUCUAAUGCAAGCCAGGUGCCAGGUCAAUUGUUCAAUCUCUCUUCUUGCAUGGUUAAUUAUUACGUGUAUUUUUUUGUGUGGGAUUGCCUAUCCAAGAGAGUGCAGCAGACCUCUCUUGGUUGGCUGUGGCUCCGCCACUGAGAGUAUGGUUUGUUAUUAUGGUGAAGAAUUUUACAAUAUUUUAUAGUAUCGGUUGUUUGAUUUAUGAAAAAAAAAUGUUUGUGGUUAGAGAAUGAACUUGCAGUCAUGGACUCAUGGUACAAAUUUAGUUUGUACUGGUUCUUUUAUUGUACAAACCAAACUUGUAUUUUUUGACAUUAUGGUAUAAAUUAAGUUUGUACCA